AUGCCCCGAGCGGGCGUAUUUUGGAAACAAUACCGCGCGGUGCACAGUGGCCUCCUCCCGCGCCACCAGCCAGCUGCCGCCGCCGCCCCUGCCCGCGCCUCCCGCCACCCGCCGCAGCCCGCUGGGCUCUUUCCCUCCUUCCCAAUUGAGUCUGGGCGCCGCCCCCGAGUGCUCGUCACGCUGGACCCUGGCGCAGAGCCCUGGCAUCACGACUCGGAGGCCGAGACUCUCUCCUGGAGUCACCCAGGGGAGAUGGAUCCGCCUCAGUGUGUGGAGGAGCUAGAGGAUGAUGUGUUCCAGCCAGACGACGGGGAGCCGGGGACGCAGCCUGGGAGCUUGCUCUCUGCUGACCUGUUUGCCCAGAGCCAGCUGGACUGCCCCCUCAGCCGUCUGCAUCUCUUCCCUCUCACCCACUGCUGUGGCCCUGGGCUUCGACCCACCAGCCAGGAAGACAAGGCCACCCAGACCCUCAGUCCAGCCUCCCCGAGUCAGGGUGUCAUGCUGCCUUGUGGGGUGACCCAAGAACCCCAGCGACUCUUUUAUGGCAACGCUGGCUACCGGCUCCCUCUCCCGGCCAGUUUCCCUGCAGGCUUGCCCCUUGGGGGGCAGCCCCCUGAAGGGCAGUGGCAGCAUCGAGCAGAGGUACAGAUUGCCCGAAAGCUUCAGUGCAUUGCAGACCAGUUCCAUCGGCUUCACAUGCAGCAACUGGGGAGGCUGCUCCUCAUUGUCUCUGUCUGGGAACCGGGACCUGGGACUCUGGAGAGUAUACCUCAGAGAGUCUCUCCAGACUGGCGGCCGGGCGCUUGGCCGGCAGCCUGGCACCAGCCCCGCCGGGGCGGAGCAUCGCGUGUCAGUCGAGCAUGUGGCAGAGUCCAUCAACAAAGGCGGCGGCGGCUGGCAGGCUCGUGCUGGAGGAGCCCUCCGUGCCACGGGCUGGAGGCUGCCCUGCUCUGCAGCCGCUGUCUGGGCCAGCCCCCAGGCACUUAACCCUUCCUCUCUGGGCUGGCUUUCUGGAUGGCUGCCAAGGCAGGGAGAGGAGCCCAAGGCUGAAUCCGUGCUCGUACAACCACCAUGGAAGCAAAGGCAUGCCACCUGGAAAUGAACACGGUCCCUACCCCGGGGACCGUCCUAGCGGGCUGUGUGUGUGUGUGUCUGUGUCUGUGUCUGGAAUAAAGAGAAUAAAUAACUCAUCACAGUUGGGCAGACCCUGAGUUUAGAUGGGUAACUUCAGGUGAUCAGAGUAGGUUUGACUGAAGGGCCAAACCAUUGCCAACACCAGGGGAGAGAGAAGUUGUCUUUUGGUCUCCUGAGAACAGACCAUCAGGGGUUACAUAUGGUUAGUGCCUUCUGCCAAGGAGUUCUGAGAGAAAUCUGGGGCCAGACCUGGUCCUGGAUGGCUCUCCCAGUCCCUUAGUGAUCUGGAAGAGAGGGGGGCCCUAUGCUUAGGUAAUAAGGCAGCCUAGCUUCCUCCGUUGGCCCCUCGCUCCAGUCCCUAGUCCCUCCUUUGAUUGUUAUCUGGAAACUUGGCUUCAAGUCUCCCCUUCAUUCCAUGUGUGGACUUGCUCUGAUUCUGGAUUUCCGUCUCUUGGCCUCCUUCCUGCCCAUUCACUCUAGCCUGGUUUUACAGGCCUAUGGCUGAGACCAGCUCACAGCUUCCAGUCCUGGUGCUGGAGUUUUUGGAGGGCACAGUGGCUGUGAGUCUCCUAGAUUCAUCUAGAGGACUGUCUGGAAGGCAGCUUUCUUCAUUCCCA